CGAGAAGUCUUCAUACAACCGGCUCGACUGUUUAUGUUCAAGGCUGAGGUACCGUAUAGGCUACGGCAGGAGUGAUAUCUGAUCUUCUGUGUAUGAAAAGAGGGCAAGAGUGACGCUGUGCGCACGAGACUCGGCGCGUCUCCUUCUCUGGGUCCCACAGACCGACAGAUGCGUGUCCUGAUGAUGUUGACAUCUUCACACAACAGAGAGUGAGGCAGUGCUGUUUCGCGGCAGCAAAAGAGUUCUCAAACACCUUUUUAUAAGUCUCAAGUCUUUCCCCUCCACCCGACCUGUUAAAACCACGCCUACAGAGCAACACAAUUGGCCCGAAAGCGUCAAAGAGCCAAUCAACAGAGAGCUGCAGCUCGAAACAUGCAACACAUCCACACGUCUGAAGCCGAUGGAGUUCAGAAGCACUGGGAAUAUCUCUGUGCUGGACCCCGUUCUUCCGCUGAAAUGUGUGUGUGCGUGUGUGAAAGUGUGCGUGUGAGCGCGUGAAGGUGUAUACCUCCAACAAGUAAAGACAGAGGAAUUAUUCUGAGCCACCGAAAUAUUUCAACACUUCUCUUUUGCAGGACUCGGGACGAUCGCAGUUUGACAGGAAUGUCUGUUUUAAAGAAAAGCAAAAGAACCCGACGCACCACACGCUGACAGACAGUGACUCGGUCGCGUUUCAUUUCAUUCGUUGUUGUUGUGUUUUUUAUUUUCAGAUUCAUUGCGCACUGACAAAAGAUCAACAGCACAUCAGCACCGGCGAAUAUUAAUGGAUAGCCGGUCCCCACUCUCUCUUUUACAUUCUUUCCAGCUAGAGAAAAAUUAAGAGACUUACACACCGAGGCGUCGGAUGUUUUUCCACUUCCGAAGGGAAAGCUGGAUUUUGUGAAGGACUUGUCCAGUACAACUGUUUAGCCGACUGUAAUAUCUUGAGGAACACCGCAUCUGCUGUCUGGACUUGAAUGAGCUUCCCGAUGAGAGAUCCAGUUAUUCAAGGAUCCAGUAUGGCAUAUCACCCGUUUUUACCUCACCGGGGUCCGGAAUUUGCCAUGAGUGCGAUGCUGGGUCACCAGCCGCCCUUUUUCCCGGCCCUGGCACUGCCACCUAACGGAUCGCUGUCCCUGCCCGGGGCGCUGGGCAAGCCAAUAAUGGAGCAGCUGAUGGGCGCCGCGGAGACCGGCCUUCACUUCUCUUCACUGGGACACCAAGCCGCCGCCGCCGCGGCCGCCGCCGCCGCGCAUCUCCGGCCUCUGAAGACACUUGAGCCAGAGGAGGAGGUGGAAGACGACCCGAAAGUUCACCUCGAAGCCAAGGAACUCUGGGAUCUUUUUCACAAGCGUGGCACAGAAAUGGUUAUCACGAAAUCGGGAAGGCGAAUGUUCCCUCCGUUUAAAGUGAGAUGCACGGGCUUGGACAAGAAGGCCAAAUAUAUUCUGUUGAUGGAUAUUGUUGCGGCUGAUGACUGUAGGUAUAAAUUUCACAACUCUCGCUGGAUGGUGGCAGGAAAGGCUGACCCCGAAAUGCCAAAACGGAUGUACAUUCACCCCGACAGUCCGGCCACUGGCGAGCAAUGGAUGUCGAAAGUCGUCAACUUCCACAAACUUAAACUGACAAAUAACAUCUCCGACAAACAUGGAUUUUCUUGUGUAUUGCAGACGAUCCUAAACUCUAUGCACAAAUAUCAGCCAAGAUUUCACAUUGUGAGAGCCAACGACAUUCUGAAACUGCCCUACAGCACGUUCAGAACCUACGUGUUCCCUGAGACAGAUUUCAUUGCUGUCACUGCCUACCAGAACGACAAGAUAACACAACUGAAAAUAGAUCACAAUCCUUUUGCAAAAGGAUUCCGCGAUACUGGAAAUGGGAGACGUGAAAAGAGGAAACAACUGGCCCUGCAAUCCAUGCGUUCAUACGAGGAGCAGCAGAAAAAAGAAACUGGCACGUCAGACGAUUCCUCAGGCGAACAAGCGUCGUUCAAAUGUUUUCGCCAGGCCUCCUCUCCCGCGGUUUCAACUGUUGGGCAGAAUAACUUAAAAGAUUUGUGUGACAGUGAUGAAGACAGUGACGAUGAAGACAAAGAUGGAAACUUGAAAGAGGGGCCAGACUCGAGCAAAAUUUCCACUACGACCGAAGACUCAAAGGAUCCCGAUGCAAGUCUGAGUAAAAGUCUGUUUGUGGAAAGUGAUUCUGCCGGUCGGAGAACUGAGAAAAUCCGGGCAGACUCGCGGGAGAGUCCCGUCACGCUCAUCUCUAGCACCACCCGCUCGGGUGAAGAGCUCAAGAGUCCAGGCCGGGACCAGGCCAAAACAGACGACUGCCGGACAGUGAGCAAAGAAAAUUACAUGCCAUUGACUGUCCAGACAGAUGGCGCUGCGCACUUGAAUCAAACCCACAUGCACAAUUUCGGAUUUCCGCCGGGUUUGGCCGGGCAACAGUUUUUCAAUCACUUGGGUGGUGCCCAUCCUUUCCUUUUACACCCCAGCCAGUUCAAUAUGGGAGGCGCUUUCUCAAACAUGGCCGCAGGGAUGGGCCCCUUACUGGCAGCGGUUUCCUCCGCAGGGGUCAGUUCAAUGGACACGGUCAGCAUGGCAUCAGCCUCGCAAAGCCUGGCGGGGGCACCGCUGCCUUUCCAUUUGCAGCAGCAUGUCCUGGCGUCGCAGGGAUUGGCCAUGUCUCCAUUCGGAGGUCUCUUUCCGUAUCCUUAUACGUAUAUGGCCGCUGCGGCAGCUGCUUCAUCAGCCGCCUCAUCAUCAGUCCAUCGUCAUCCUUUUCUUAACGCGGUGCGGCCUCGGUUAAGGUACAGCCCUUACUCUUUACCGAGCGUCCCGGACAGCACCUUACUUACGACGGCUAUGCCACCCAUGGCGAGCAGUGCCAUCGAUCUGAAGGGAGACGGAAUGAGCACGAGUCCCGUUUCAGCUGCUUUGGACUCGGAGGUCACCAGCCGCUCGUCUGGUUCAGUAUCACUGUCACCAAAAACCUGCUCUCAGAAAGAUUCCAGCACCGAGUUACAGAGCAUCCAGCGCCUGGUCAGAGGACUCGAGGCCAAACCGGACAGGCCACGCAGCGUGUCUCCGUAGGCUGAUAUGUGUGAUCGACGGUGACCAGGACGGGAAUGAUGAAGACAUUGACACAGAUUGCGUACGACGAUUAACCCGUUUACAAUAUGGACCUGAAUCGAAGAAAAAGUUUAGACUUAAAAUGCACUUUGGUAUUACAAAAAUAAACAUAUGACAUAUAUGUAUCUCUUUAGUUAAUUCUAAACACUAACUUUGAAUAUUUUCCAACUAUUUGAAUACCAUAGAAGUAUUGAACAGUCAUGUCAAAGACUGUCAUAGGAUGUCAGAGACUGAAUAAUGCUGCUGCUCUCCUUUAUGUUAUGUCAAGAUGACCGUGAUUUAAUUUAAUAUGCACUCUGAACUGCUGUGAUUCACAAUAUAUUAAGGAUAAAAAAAAUAAUAAAAAAAAAAUCAAGUUUCCGGAGCCGUAUUGCAUGUCAAAGAUCAGAGCCAAUCACGACAGCUGGUUUUUCUGUUCUAGCCUGUUUGGAACGCAAAAUCAUCUAGAAAGAACAUUUUUAAGAAUAUUUCACAAAUGAUUUUUACCUCAAAUGCAGACUAGUUGAACAUAUUUUGUGUAAACUGCAGAAGGCAGUCAAGGCAAACAUUUUUAUUUUGUUUUAUCUCCGUCCAAAGCUGUCAAUGACUCCACAGACUAUUGUUAAACAUUUGUUUGUCUAGGUUAUCAGACGCGGUACUAAAAUUGCUAAUUAAAUCAAAUUUUGAGAUUCAUUGGGAAAAGGGAUCAUAUGAGUCAAAAAUGGAUCAUAUGGUUAAAAUGAAUACAAAUGUAAAUAUAUAUAUAUAUAUAUAUAUAUAUAUAUAUAUAUAUAUAUAUAUAUAUAUAUAUAUAUAUAUAUAAAACAUAUUUAUGUAAUUAUUUCAUAUGAACAUUGCUUGUAAAUAUAACGGAGUUUCUUUGUUUGUUUGAGGAAGCUGUCCUUAAUUUAUUAUUGAUAUAUACAGUAUAUAUGUGUGUGUGUAAAAUAGUUUGUGAGCUAUUUCCCUUGUUUAUUACAUUGUCAUUAACGUCCUCCUGACUCUGGACUGCACCCCGAACAGACAAAAAUCAUGUGCCAUCCUUUCAUUAACUGUUGUGUGUUUAAGUGCUUUGGUUCAAAUAAAUUAAAUGCGAUAACACAUUGCACCCAUGUAAUGACACUUUUCUUUCACGGCAACUAAAAUGCUUUAGUCAAAGUGUGUGUUUAAAUUCACUUUUUGUGACCUGAGCCAAAACUGCCAAAAAUAUUGUGCAGAAAAUCAUAAUCAAAAUAAAGAUUUUCCAGUUGUGUUUCU